UGCCGACCCGUGUGAUCAACGACAUCGCCGCCGAGCCCCUAUUCUCCUAUUCACAGCAGCUGCGCAGACCCGCCUUUCCAUCACCAUUUCUCACUCCAAAACCCCCUCCCCCUCGAACUUUCUCUUUUCCUCUUCCACAAUCAAGCACCCGUCACAACUCCUUCUCUCCUCCCUCUCCGCCGCGACACUUCCCGCUCUUUUCACGCUUUUUUAAAUUUUUUAUAUAAAAAUAUUAACAACAAGAUGGCGAGCAUCACCAGCCUCGCCAACGAGACCCUGUACUGGGUCAUGCGGGAGUUCUGCCCGCAUUGCGUCGUCGGGUGUGGUGUGUUUGGGGCUGGGUCCGGGGCUUGCCUCGAGUCCCUCGAUCACGCCUCGGUGUUGGCGGGCGACCGCCGCGCCGAGGCGAGAAGGACUCUGCUGGCCCUGACCAGGGUCGGCAACCGCCGGUUGGGUCGCGUGGCCCAACUCUUCCUCUUCCACGUGGUCGACACCGACCGCGGGGACAGCCUCGCCCUGCUCGCGCGCACGUUGGCCGAGGCGCCAGCGCUCGCGCUGGAGAUCCGGGUGGUGGACCUGGGUGGCGUUGCCGUCGCUGGGUCUGGGGGGUCUGCCGUUGUGGUAAGUUCAGUUCUUGUGUCACCGUCUUCAUCAAACAGCUAGCGGGAGAGGGGUCUCCUCGAGUCUGACGUCGACGGCCUCAUUACCGUUCGACUUGACCAGACAUUUCAGGUUCAUGCCAGCGAGGACGACAAUCUAUCACAACAUGCUAGCGGCAUGGUGCGUACCACCUCAUAUUGGAGUGGCGCCCUGC